ACGAUGUGUACGUACACGGUAUUGCAGGGAACUACGGUAUGAGUAUGAACUGGUAUGAGUAACACACGCGUCACUAGUAGUAAAAAUGGCGUCGGCGGAUGUUGAACGUGCUAAGAUGGAAUCUUCCCUACGUAAUUUAAAAUUGUCUGGUCAUGUUGGAUUUGACAGUCUUCCAGAUCAAUUGGUAAAUAAAUCCGUUCAAAAUGGAUUUGUAUUCAAUAUUCUUUGUAUCGGUGAAACUGGACUUGGAAAGUCAACACUUAUGGAUUCUCUAUUUAAUACAAGUUUUGAGUCUAUGCCAAGCCCACAUAAUCUCCCUGCUGUAAAACUUAAAGCACAUACCUAUGAAUUACAAGAAAGUAACGUUCGGUUAAAGCUCACUAUUGUGGAUACGGUUGGUUAUGGAGAUCAAAUUAAUAAGGAGGACAGCUUCAAAGCUGUUGUUGAUUACAUAGAUGCCCAAUUUGAAGCAUAUUUACAAGAGGAAUUGAAGAUAAAACGAUCUUUGCCAACUUAUCAUGACAGUCGUAUUCAUGUUUGCCUAUAUUUUAUUUGUCCAACAGGACACGGAUUAAAGUCAAUUGAUUUAGUCUGUAUGAAAAAACUGGAUACGAAAGUCAACAUUAUUCCAAUUAUUGCCAAAGCUGAUACAAUAUCUAAAACGGAAUUACAGAAGUUUAAGACUAAAAUUAUAUCUGAACUACAAAAUAAUGGAGUUCAUAUUUAUCAAUUUCCUACGGACGACGAAAAUGUUGCAGAAGUAAAUACUAGUAUGAAUGCCCAUGUACCUUUUGCAGUAGUUGGUAGCACAGACUUUGUUCGAGUUGGUAACAAAAUGAUGCGUUCUCGCCAAUAUCCAUGGGGCACAGUACAAGUGGAGAAUGAAUCGCAUUGUGACUUCGUUAAAUUACGUGAAAUGCUAAUAAGGACAAAUAUGGAAGACAUGAGAGAAAAGACACAUUGUCGUCAUUAUGAGCUAUAUCGUAGGAAGCGACUAGAACAGAUGGGAUUUAGCGAUGUUGAUAGUGAAAAUAAACCAGUUAGUUUCCAACAAACCUGCGAAGCAAAAAGGUCCAUUCACCUGCAAGAGCUCCAACAGAAGGAGGAUGAAAUGCGACAGAUGUUCGUGGCACGAGUAAAGGAGAAAGAGGCUGAAUUGAAGGAGGCAGAGAAAGAGCUUCAUAACAAAUUCGAUAAACUGAAAAAAGAUCACACAGAGGAAAAGAAAAAAUUGGAAGAAAGUAGAAAGAAGCUCGAAGACGAUAUUUUGGAAUUCAAUAGGCGAAAAACUCAAUUCGCUCAACAACCUCAACAUCAUACGUUAACACUAGGUAAAAGUAAAAAGAAGUAGAAAUAUCCGCCAUUGAUGCUGCAAUAAAUAAAUACGAUGCUCCAUUUUAUAUCUCUAUAUACGUAUAAGUUACUUUAAUCGCAUAAUAUUUGAUCACUGAGAUUAAAAUUAAAUUAUCGAACGUUCUCGAACGUUAUAAUUUAUAUUGCAUUCUUAUGUAUUUCUUUACUCGUAGAUGUUAUUUUAUACCAGACUGACUAUCAUGAGAAACGUGAUCUUUACCAAAUUUAACUUACUUUUUGUAUUAACAUAUGCACUUUGAGAAAAAUAAAGAUAUAUUUGUUACUUACAAAUA